UUUAUUACUUUAUCCCAUCUUUUUUUAUCAUGAAGAUAAAAAUCUCCUGAUAAACCUUAACGUUAUUAGCGUUUUUGGCUUUAAGCUUAAUACAUUCAUCGCAAAUGACAUGUAGUUAGCAUGCAACGUCACUGGAAAAUAAAAAAUGCCAUCUAGCUUCUUUUAUACAUAACAAUUUGAACUUAUUUUACUAUCUUUAAAAGUAUCUUCAUUGAAAAUGAAAAAAAAGAAUUAUAAUUAACAGAAAGCAAUAUAGACAAAGACUUAUUGCAUAAUGUGUACAUAUCCUGAUGAAUAUUGUCUUUCCGCGCCUUAUGUAGCAAUUCAAGUUUUUUUGCAGGGUGCAUUUAUACUGAAAACAGGUUCAUUUUGUCAGGUCAGUUUCAUGUCUUUUCGUAACGUACCACAGGUGGAUUCGGAAUUCCAACAGUUUUUACGUGAACAAAUAUUGUAUGCUAAGAAAAACAUCAGUUACCUUAUUUGUCAUGAUUGCAGUAAACUUAACAGAAUGAGUUCCUCUCUACUGGUGGCAGCAAUUGAUUUCGGGACGACAUAUUCAGGCUGGGCGUUCUCCUUAAAAAUGAUUUUGACAAGGAUCCGACGAAAGUGUCUGCAAAGAACUGGAUUGGUGAACAUCUGGCAUCGUCGAAAGCUCCAACAUGUAUCCUCAUAGAUCCUGAUGGAAAAACAUUUGAUUCAUUCGGAUAAUAGGCAGAGACCAAAUAUGCUGAACUGGCUGCUGAGAAGUUACACAAACCAUGGUUCUAUUUUCAGAGGUUUAAGAUGAUGCUGUUUGACAAAAUGAAAAUCAAAAGUCAAACAACUCUAGAAGAUGAGACAGGGAAAACGUUGCCAGCAAAACUUGUAUUUUCACUAGCAAUUAAUUUUCUAAAAAAUGAUCUGCUUGAUGAGUGCCAUAAACAACUAGCUGAUGUUCUCGAAGAAGAUGAUAUUCUGUGGGUACUGACUGUUCCCGCAAUCUGGAACGAUGCCGCUAAGCAAUUUAUGAGAGAAACGGCAGAAGAUGCUGGAAUAAAGAGAUCUAAACUAAUGAUUGCACUUGAACCAGAAGCUGCCUCACUUUAUUGUCGAUAUCUACCUGUUCAGAAAGGCGAUGCAGACUGCUCUUUGGCAUCUUUCAAACCAGGAACGAAGUACAUUGUUUUAGAUGCAGGAGGCGGUACCAUUGACAUUACGGUGCAUCAGGUGAUUGUAGAUGGAAACGUACGAGAGUUACACAAGGCAAGUGGCGGAGCAUGGGGAGGAACAAUGGUUGAUAAAGCAUACGAACAGUUUCUUGUAUCAGUUGCAGGGUCUGCAGUUGUACAAAAAUUCAAGGAAGAUCACAUGGAUGACUUCAUUGACCUUUUCCGGACAUUUGAGGUGACGAAAAGAGAAAUAUCACCUGAGAAAUCAGCUAAGGUAACUUUCCGCCUUCCUCCCUCUUUCACGGACACUUUUCUUGAAAUAACAGGAGGGUCGAUCGCAAAGAAGAUAUCAUCGACAGAGUUUCGAGAUCGUAUAUCGUAUCUCAGCGGAAAAUUAAGAGUUGAUGCCAAUAUAACCCUGGAUUUCUUUCAGAAGUCUGUUGAUAGCAUUGUUCGACAUAUUUCGUCAUUACUUCAAGAUAGUUCAGUACAACCAUGUGAAGCUAUAUUGAUGGUUGGGGGAUUUUCUGAGUCGAAGGUACUACACAAUGCCAUUAAAGACGAGUUUGGUCGUAUGAUGAAAAUAAUCAUUUCAGAGAGUCCUGGUCUCGCUGUUUUAAAAGGUGCUGUAAUUUUUGGACAUCGCCCGAGUACAAUUUCAGAGAGAAUUUGCAAGUAUACGUAUGGAGUAAACACUACUCAUGAAACUACAAAAUGGUGCAUCCAUCCUAGUACAGAGACGAGCGAAAGUGAUGGAAGAAAGCGUUGCAGGAACGUAUUUGACAAACAUGUAACGAUUGGACAGAGCGUGAAACUAGAAGAAGAACAAGAGGAAAGCAUAUCAAAUCCUGUUUCAGAUACCCAAACGGGAAUUUGGAAGAUGAUUUAUGCGUCAACAUCACCAAAUCCUUACCUUGUUACAGAACCGGGAUGCAUAAAGAUCGGCGAAUUUGAGAUACCAAUACCUGAUACUACACUUGGAAGAGACAGAAAAUUCGGGACGAGGUUUAUAUUUGGUGGUACAGAAAUAGCUGUAAAAGUUGAAGAUAAAGCAAUAGGAGAGAUUCACAUUUAUUCUAUAGACUUCUUGGAAUGAAGCUUAUGUCUGAUUUAUUUGAUUGGUGAUGCAUUAUAAGACAUAUUUAUAGACAAAAUGCAGAUCAUUACGCUUCUGUGUUGACAAGUAAAUAGAGUUAAUAUUCUUAAACGGUAGAGAAUGAGAAUUUCUUUGUUUAAAUUUUUGCUUGUGGUCAGGCGCUAAUAUACAGUAACUGUACAGAUACAAGUUUUAUAUAUUCAUAAAAAGUGUUAUUAUAAUAAACCCAUGUAUAUACUUACUCAUCGGUCACUAAAGAUACACAGAUUUGCUAGACAUAUGUUUAUUGCUACUUUCGUUAACAAAAUGAAUGCAAGACAUUUGGAAAAAGUCUCCGUUUAGCAUGACGUUUUAAAAAAAGAAAGUUGUAAUAACUAUUUAAAUUUUAAAACAAAACAAAAAUUCAUCAUGUUUAAAAGCUUUAUAUAAGGUACCUCAUUAAACCAAAAUUGGUUAUAUUUUGACCAUUUAAGGUAAUAUCCAACCAGUUUGUUUGACAUACUCGUAUAUGAUAAAAUGAUACGAAUUAUUUUUAGUUUUACACAAAUAAUGCCUUUCCAAUAUAAUCUUUCUUUUGUCUUACAGGGAAACAACAACAUGUCAUGAAGAAGUUUUCAUAGAUUCAGAUCAACGUUUCAUGUAUAAUUUAAAUACAUCUUAAAUAUUCCAUAUAUGAAGCAUGUCUCAGGCAUUGAUGAUAAUAUUCAAAACAUUAUUUUUAUAUAUCAUUAUAAAGUUUUGAGAGAAAAUCAGUAUAUCGAGGGCUGAGCGCGAAACUAUUGUAUCUUGUUCUUUCUCUUAUAUGAGUUACAAUAGUUUCGCGCUCAGCCCACGAUAUGAUUAUACUCAGUUACGCAUUUUUAAAUGAUAAUAGUCUGAUUUUCAGCAGUUUCAGGUAUUGAGAAGGUAGCUUGUUAUAGUAAUGAAUUUCCGUAUCAACGCAGUAACACAAAUAAUUUAAAGUGUUCGGAGAAAAAUUGGAGCUCGUGUGCAUACAAAGUGCAGUAAAUAUCGUGUAAACAAAAUGGUUUUUACGGGACAAUUUACAUGUUAAUGCUGUUCAUAUACAGAAAACAUUUUUCAAGGAAAAAUGUAGUUUGUGCUUGAUACCUGACAUGAAUAUCAAUAUCCUAAGAUUAUAAGAGGGACAUGCAUCUUUGAUUUAUAUGUUCUGUUUUCGAAAUGUAAAACCAAAUAAAACCGAUUUUACAGGGAGUUCUAGACAGCAUAUAUUUGACGAAACACUCGUAUAGUCUUUUAAAUAUGAAUAGGUUUCUACUUGUGUAAAGGCAUUUUGAUUUAACGACAUUUUAUAGACGGAAAUAUCUGUUUUAAGAAAUGUACUAUGCUUGCCACUGAGUAGGAUUUUCAUUUCUGAUCACAUUUUAAAAAAUGAUCGUUUGUACUGAUGCCUUUAAACUCAAUCACGUAAAUGCAAAUUCACAGUCAUAGAAUAAUAAAAAUAGAGAGUCACUUAGAGAUAACUCAGCUGUUAUAAAUCUAUAGAAAAAUUUGUUUCCUUAAAUCAGAAUUAGAUGUUACGUAUUAAUUGUUGGUUAAUUGUUCACACAGUACUUUUGCUUCGGGUAAAAUAUAUGAUGCUCUGAUAUCAUAAACAUUCUCACUGGUAUACAUUAUUAUUAAUCAAUAUUAUUGUAAACUUAACUUCUGGAUUACGGUUAAAUAUUGCAGUGUCUGAUGAAAACCCCAUAGCAGAAGUAUAAAAUUAUUGGGAUUCUAUUUGGGAUGUUUAUUGACAUGGCAUUGGAACAACAAUUAUUUUCCUGGUCGGAAGUCAAGGUCACAGUUAUAGAUUCAUAUCAGAUAUUAGUAAGAAUAUAAUAGUCAACUGAGGUUUCCUUAAACUGUAUGAUUACAAUUAUAUCAUAAGUUGUAUAACCUUUUCUUCAUCGUAUUGAUGCGAGCCUUUCAUCUGGUAUACAAAUUAUUGGCCGAAUAUCGUAUAAAUCUAUCUUAUAUAUAUUGAUCAUUCAUUGAUUUUGUCAGUUUUCUAAUCAUAAAAUCUUAAUAAUUGUCUGAACACAUAUUAAGAAGAAUAACAUCAUAGCUGACGUGCAAAAAUGUCGCAGAAAGAACGUUGUACUAAAGAUAUUUUAUCUUUUAUAAUUAGUUUUAUAGAAACUCGCAUAAAUAAAAGUUAUCAAUUAAAUAUUCUUAUGACCUUAUCUAACUUUAAAUUAUCCAAAACUUUGAACUGGACAAAGAGUAGGGUUGUGUCCGAUAAAUUGUUGCAAGCUUUUAAGUCUGUCCAUCUCGGAAUAAUUAAGACUGAAUACAUAACCAGCAACCAGAAACUAAACGUAGAAACGUGUCAAUAAUGUCUCUGUAAAAGAGUAAAUUCGCGCAUAAACCGACUGGUUCGAGGUAAGUUGUUGAUUAAGACUAGGGUGUAAAUUAUAGCAAUUACUCUUUUAAUGUACAUGUAUUCAUACUUGAUUUUUCUACAUGUUUGGUAUUGGUGUUAAAAUUGACGAUGGUAUUGUAUGUGUUUAUCAUAUGAUGAUGAUAUUGUGUUAUUAGCAGACAAUUAGAAAAAUCUUCAACUGCUGUGAAAUGUACUGAAUGAAUGAAUGAUUGAAUAAAUAAAUGAAUGUUUAAGGAAAUGGUAUGAUUAUCAAUAUAAGUAAAAGCA